UUUCACGUUCACCCCACAAUUCAAAAUUAUCUUGUGCUAUUUUCUCAAGAACAGGUUAUGUUAUUUAUUUUGAAAUUUCGAAGUCCAAAACUUUAAAUUGUAUCGCAUAUCGCAAUUUUUUUCGAAUUUUCUUUAUUUAAUGGGAAUCUCGUCCACACUUCGUAGCAUAAUUAUAGGUGUGCCGGUUGGAUUUUUAUUUUUCAAUCAAGUCGGUUACGUUGCUCGAGUUGAGGGAGUUUCAAUGCAACCAGCAUUAAAUCCUGACUUGGAACAAGAAGAUUACGUUUUUUUAAAUCGUUGGGUUGUGCGCGAUAAGAAUAUCAGAAGGGGAGAUAUUGUCACAUUCAAAUCACCAAAGUUUCCAAAUCAAAAACUCAUUAAACGUGUCAUUGGUUUAUCUGGUGACGUUAUACAUACAAUAGGUUAUAGAAAACAAAUACUUCAGGUUCCGGAUGAGCAAUGCUGGGUUGAGGGAGAUCAUACGGGACACUCUAUGGAUUCAAAUACAUUUGGACCAAUUCCACUGGAUAUAAUAACAGCAAAAGCUACAUGCAUUGUAUGGCCACCAAGUCGAUGGCAAAAUUUGGAUAACUUUGUACCCGAUGAUCGAACUCCACUGAAUAGUUCAAGUGCUUUGGCAGCCUAAUAAGUUUUUCAAAUCAACAAAAUGAGGGCAGUAUGUUUUGUAAAGCGAUUGCAAUGGGAUGUGCCUGGAACAUUGUUUAGACAUGGUUUAACAAUCGGUGAUGUUGACAAUGAUGGUGACAAUGAGCUAGUUGUUGGAACUGCAGAGGGUGACUUGUACAUUUUCAAGGGUUUGGAGUUAUGGCAAAAAAUAACAGGCCUAGGUUUAAUAACCAGCGUUGCUAUAGGCGAUAUAUUCAAUUGUGGCAGAAAUGCUUUAAUUGUGAUCUGUGGGGAUGGAUGGGUACACAUCUACUACAGCCCACGCUCUGUUCACCCAAGUCUAAAUACAUUACAUUCUGAAGGAAGUGGUUCUGACAAUGGAGAACAUUUUGAGCAGAAUUUUGCAAAACUUAAAAUAGGUACUCUGAAUUUAACGAAUUUAACUGAGAACGCCAUUCUUGAUCAUAGAAUAAAUUCAAAUCGAUCCGAUGACUCAGUUGGAAAAAUGAAAUGUGUUCAUGUUCAGAGGAUACCAACAAAUACAAAAGUAGUUUUAGUAGCUGAUGUAGAUAAAGAUGGUGCUAAUGAAAUGAUAAUUGGCUUAACAGACAGAGUAGUGAGAUCUUAUAGGUGGUCCAGUAAUGCAGACUUGGGCACUGGAAAAUUGAUAGGACUAAAUAAAUGGGAAUGUGCAAAUCAAAUUGGAACUGUUACAUUACAAGAUGAUUCUGAUGGCACACCAACACUGUUGGUUGCUCAGCCAGGUGGAACUUUUAUGAGAAUCAAGUGUAAUGCAGAUGAUUGUCAGUUGGAUGAUGAUUGCUUUGAUACCAACAGUGAAGCAGCAGCUAGUGGUGUUGAUUAUCAAACCUUGGGCAUUUCAAGAAUGAGGAAUCCCAAUAUAUCAACUGAAAUAUUAGGAAACCUCAAACCUAAAAUAUCAAAUUUUUCUGAUCAUGAUGUCAAAUGCACAUCGACUGAUCAAGAUUUACUCGGAUCGACUUCUUCAAAAGAUUUCCAAGAGGAAAUCGCAUCAGCCAAUGAAACAGACAUAGAUAGGCAGUCUGGAGUUGAUAUGGUGGACGGUAAUCUUAUUGGCGGUAAUAUCGUUUUUGGAGAAUUCGAGAGCAAGAAAGAUCAAAGUCAUUUUCAUUCUUCAUUCAAAACUUCGGACCUCGGUGAUAAAAAUCUGAUCAAAAGAGAUGAUUACGCCAAAUUCGAAGACCACAAGCAGACAGUAAAUACGCAAUCUAAUGUGAAGGAAGACAAUAAAUCUUGGUCCAAUUCAAAAUCGUAUGCCCUGGCUACGCUCGAUGGUACCAUAAUGUUGGUCAAGGACGAGAUAAUACUUUGGUCGAUGCAAGUAGAUCACCACAUAUCGGCCUUGUGUCCAUUGGACGUUACCGGAGACGGAGCGGACGAAAUAAUUGCGUGUACUUGGGAUGGCCAAACUUAUAUACUCGAUCAACAGAGAAACAGCGUCCGCUUUCAAUUCGAGGAGCCAGUGCGAGCUUUCUGCGCUGGAAUGUACAGUGUUUUUCCUCGAUCAAAGAGCCCAUGCCUAGUGUACAAUAAUUUUUUCAACAAGAUUUUCCUCUACUACGACGUCAGUCUUCCCAGCAUGCUGGUAACCGCGCUGAACCCAACGGAGUCUCUGGAAGCAUCGGAGAAGGAGUCGCUGAAGAAGAUUCUCGCCGACUCUCCGGACUGCGAGCACGGCCCGGAGCUGAGGCAGUUGACCGAGUGGCUGUUGUACGGAAUGAGCUGAGAAAUAAAGAGAAAAAGUCAGCAUAUA